AACAGUAUAUUAUAAUAUUAAAUAACUUAAAAAAUAGAAUAUAAAUACUUUGAAAUUUUAAAAUCUAAAGUUUCUAGUUUCUAUGCUUUCAGUUAUUGUCUAUUGAUUUAUUAUUUUUCUAAAUUACAGUUAAUUCUAAUAUAAUACAUUAUUGUCUAUAGUGCACAUUAAUCCCUCAGUAAUAUCAAAUACUAUAAAUUAUAGUAUUUAGUAGUUUUUAAUUAUUAUUGAUUAAGUUGUAAUUGUUAAAUCAAACUUUCAUCUUUUUUAAUGAGUUGAUCUUCAUAUAACUCAUGGCAAAUAAUCCUGUAGACGAAAUAACUCAUAAGGAAGAAAAAAAGUUUGUGUUCAAAGACUCAACUUUUGACAGCACCAAAACAGUCAAUGGAAAAAAAAAAUUGUGGCGUUCUUUAAAGCAAAUAACAGCCCAAGAAAGAAAUUUACCCUGGCCUGAUGAUUCAAUUAAUUAUAGCAGUAUUUCUGCUCCGCCAUCAUUCAAACCAGCCAAAAAAUAUUCAGAUAUUAGUGGAUUAAUUGCCAAGUACAAAGAUCCCCAAACAUCGUUAUACUACGCUGGACAUGAAGAAUUCAGUACUGUAAGAAAUCUGCCUAGUGAUAUUAUUACAGGAUAUUUGACAUUACGAGGAGCAUAUAAUCCGAUUGGAUAAUAUUAAGCUCGAUAAAGACUUAUAUACAUAAAAUGAAUAAAUAUGUUGGUAAUAGUAAAAUGUAUAUUACUAUCUUGAAUUAAUAUUAAACAAAAAUGAACUUUAUAAAUCAAUGUUUAUUAAUAACUUUAUCAUCUCUUAAUCCUCCUAUUCCUGCACAAUUACAUCACUACUUGUAUUAGUAUAAAAACACACAAAAUGUAUUAUCUUCAAAC